AUGAAUUUGUUUUUAGGGCAGCCUAAAGGAGCAGCAGAUACUUCAAGUGGUCCUAGUUGGCUUUCAAAUAUGAAGUCGCCUAGUACUCUACAGUUUUCUUUAUCAAUGGCAAACGACAAAAAUAAAGUCGAGAAAAAAAGUGUACAAAAAUCUCCAGUUCCAGUAUUUUUAGGGUCACUACAAGCUAAAACAACAAGUGUUGAGCUAUUGCACAAAAAAUACUAUAAUAUUAUCGAUAAUUUUUUCAAAACCAACCCAGUAAUGCUUCCUAUAUAUUUAGAAAAGAAGUAUUUAACAGAAAAUAUAAUACCACGUCCUGAUUUACAAGAAAUUUUUGCAAAUGAAAUUUUGGAUGAACAUUAUUCGAUCAAAUCACAUGCUUUAUUUCAAUUUCUUACCGACAAAAAGUCAAAAAUGCCUAAAACAGUUCCAAAAAAGAAAUCUACAGAUAAUGAAUCUUUAAUUAGAACUCCUUCUUUAUCUGAAGUCAUGAGUGAUACACCGAAAGCUAUUUCUCUACCUCCUCAGACAGACACAUCUGUUGUUACUGUUGAAACACAAGAAAAUUCAGAAAUUCCGGAAAAUAACGAAAAUGAAAAUCUCAAAAAUGGAACAAUUGCUGUUACAAACAUAAGAGGUGGAUGGAGAAUAGCUAUUACACCUCCUUUUCAAACAGUUUUUACUUUCAAUAAUAUUAAAAAAGUUAAAAAAACUCCAAAAAGUAAAAAAUUGUCUCCUGAAGGGAAAGUCAGAGAUCAAAUCAAUAAUUUUCAAACAGAUCUUCAGAAAAUACAAAAUUCAUUAGAAUUUAAAGAAAAAACAAAUUUAGAAAAAUUAGCACUUCAAAAGGUUCAAAAUGAAGCAUAUGGCAAUCUACUACAUGUUAAAAAUCUCAUAUCAUGUAUUAUACCAGAUCCUUCGCAGAAUUUUGUUUUUAUUCAAGAAUGUCAACAAAAUUAUCAAAAAUUUGUUCAAAAUAUGAUUGAUUUAGUACCAAGCUUAGAACUUCCUCCGCAUAUUAUUCUUGGAGAUCGUAUUUCCGAAAAUAAAAAUCAAAAUACAGAUAAAUUUAUAAAAAGGCCGCAAAUAAAGACAGAAAUGGAAAAAGAAAUAAAAAAUGCAGAUGUAGAAAAGAAAGAUAAUGUAGAAACUCCUAAAAAUUUAAUAAAUAUUUCUCCAAAAAAUAAUUCAGAGGAAAAAGAUAAUUCUAUUCAAGCAGGAGAUAAUGGUAAGAUAUUUCUUCCAUCCCCAUCAGGAUUAAUGAACUUAAACCCUCAAAAUAUCAAAACAAUUCCAUCAUCUCCUAAAAGAACAAUUAAUUCACCCAUAACUGAGAAAACCAUUAUAUCUACAACUGAUACAGAAGAGAAAAAACUUAGUCUGAUGUCUCCAGAAGAAGGUCUCAAAAUGGAAUUAGAAGAGGCCAAGAGAAAAGCAGCCAGGGAAAGGAAAAUCGAAUACAAGAAAAAGAUCAAGCAAAACAGAGCUGUCGAUACCAAGAUUCUUACAAAAAUUUUCAAUACAAUUAAAGAAGAAUCCCAAAAUCAAGAAAAACCGGGCCAAAUCAUGCAGGUUCCGCCACAACAAAAGGCAAUGAUAUCAAUACCAAAGCAAAUCAUUGAUGUAAAAGAUUCUGAUGAUGAAGAUGACAAAUCUUCUUCUCAAAGUAUCAUUUCUUCCUCCAAAUCGAUGUAUUUCCCUUCUCAGACCAAGAAAUCCCGCUUAACUCCUUCAAUGUCCAGUGAUAAUCUGAGAGGUGUAAAUUCACCUCAUCCAAAAAUCGUAGAAAACCCAACAGAUUUCUUAAAAUCGAUCAUUAAAGACACCGAUGCAAUUUCUAUUGUCAAAUCCCGUCAAUCACAACCAGAAAAAGAAAAACCUGUUCUAAAAAACACAUUUUCAUUAUCUGACCGAAGAAAAGCCUUCUUUAAUUUGGCACAGAGCUUUAAGACUCCAGAGCAAAGUAGCUCUCAGCAGAAUCCAGCUAAUUCUGCUAUAAAAUCCCCAGUUUUACAGAAGAAAGAAACAGUUCCAACAUUUUUCAAGAAAAUUGAAAAACUUUCUGAAGAAAAUUCCACAAAACUUGAAGAAAAGAACGUUGCGAUAUCAAUAAGAAAGGAACAACCACAACCACCGCCUUCUCUUUGUGUGAUGACUAUACAGAAUGAUAAUAUAAGAAUGAAAGCAACGAAAGAUAAAAUCGAAUUUAAAUAUAAUCCCGUAAUGGUUAUGAAACACGUGAAGAGAUUGAGAAAGAACAUAAAGGAGUCAAGAUCAUACGCCGUUCUUAAUAAACCAGAGAAUUUUACACAGGCAGAUUUCAUCAAUCCUGUUGACCAUGUUAACUAUACUCCAAAAUAA